AUGAAGGUAAGACAAAUACGAGCCUUUUUGCUUCUCGCGUUGGUCAUCUUGGCAAUCGCAUCUGCCGAGUCCGUCGCGCAAACCUCUUGGAGCAAAGUCACCGUCGCCUACAAUCAACUCUACAAUGAUGUCUUGUCCGCCUAUGCUGACACCAACAUCCCCCCGCAAAAGAAGGCUAACCGACUGCGCGACUUCUACAACAAAGUCGAUGAUUUACUCGGACUUGUUGACGAGUCAUGCACCGAUUAUGCUGUUGAUAUCCCAAAAGGGAAGAUUGAGAUUGAUGAGCCUAAGCAUCGAAAUCUUCUCAAGGUUGCCUACAAGAACGCCGUUGGUCCUCGUCGAUCAAGCUUUGAAACCCUCGACCAAAUCAUCAAGAAGGAGUUGAUAACCGAAUUUCGUGGAUUCAAAUACGACAUCGCCGAAAAAUGCAUUGAGAAGGUCAAGACCGAACUGCGUGACAUAUCCUUUGAGGCUGUCGGCCUUACGAAGAAAUUUCUUGAGCCCUCUUCUAAAACCUUUACCGAAGAAACUAAGGUUUUCAUGUAUAUGGAGCAAGGUGAUUUUUACCGAUACUUGGCAGAAACUCCUGCCAUAGAAAUUUCAAGGAGUCACGAGCAACAAAGGAUGAGUCUUUCUUCUCAAGAGGCUUACAAAGUCGGCUUUGACAAAGCAAAAUCGGAACUCGCUUGCGCUCAUCCUUUACGACUUAAUAUUGCUCUCAAUUACACGAAUUUCCUUUUUGAGAGGAUGGCCAAUCCUCGGGAGGCCUUCAGGUGA